UUCAGUGUGAUCUACUCGGAGUAACCUAGUGUAGUAUAGCAUAGGUUAGCUUAGCGUGGCGAGAGAUCCUAUUCUAUCCUAUUCUAUUCUAUUCUUAAACAUAUCGAGUUGUUUGUUUGUUUAUUUGUUUUUUUCGCAAAGGAGUUUCCAAGGAAAGGUGUGUGCAUGAUGAGUGCACCAGUAUACGUGUCUGAUGAGGAGGAGUGUGUGUUGGAGUCGACAGCGGCUGAUCUCAGCAGUCACACAAAUGCCAGACGCUUCCAAGCUCCAAUCACAGAACUUUCUGUCAUCGGUCCUGCAGAAACACAAGCUCAGCAGGUGAACAGAGGUGAGCGUGUGGAGGAGAAGCUGCAGGUGUUUCUGCGUGUUCGUCCUCUUACAGAUGCAGAGAGACAGCGUGGAGAAGAUCAGGGCUCUGUGUGUGUUCAGAGUGAAGACACACUCCUCCUGAAGGCCCCUAAAGACUCACACAGCAUGAAGAAUGCAGAGAGAGGAGUGUCGCAGAGUGUACACAAGUUCACCUUCACACGGAUUUUCAGGGAAGCAGCAUCUCAACAGGAAGUGUAUGAUCAGGUGAUGAAGGAGAUGGUGCGGGAUGUCCUUCAUGGAGAGAACAGACUUCUCUACACAUAUGGAGUGACAAACUCGGGCAAGACCUACACCAUUCAGGGUUCAGCAGGUGAAGCCGGUCUACUCCCCCGAGCUUUAGUCUCUGUGUUCACUGCACUGGCAGGACAGCUUUACCCCCGUUCUGACCUGAAACCCAUUCUCAAGCAGGAGGUCCGCCGACUCAGUGAUACAGAAGUCCGCACUGAGGAGAACAGACGCCACGCUCUGCUGCGAGAGGAGGAGGUGUGUAGGCAACGUGGGGGUGUUAAUGCAAGUAUUAGUUGGGACAGUGGGAUCAGUGGACUCUCUGCCAUCACACGACUGGAAGACUCAGACGGUGUGUGUGUGGACAUAGACGGAGUCAGUGCUGGUGAUGUCACUGUGGAUAAAACGCUGCAGUACAGCAUCUGGGUUUCAUUUUACGAGAUUUAUAACGAGUUUGUUUAUGAUCUGCUGGAGCCACCUAUGUCUCUGCACACACAGAAGAGGAAUACACUGAGGCUGAGUGACGACAAGCAUGGCAAUGUCUAUGUCAAAGAUCUUACUUGGGUGAAUGUGCGCAGUGCUGAUGAGGCGUGGCGAGUGCUCACUGUUGGGCGGAACAACCAGAGCUUUGCCAGCACACACCUCAACCACAACUCCAGCCGCAGUCACAGCGUGUUUACUGUGAGAGUGCUGCAUGUCCAGCCAGAGGCGGGUGGCACACGCAUCAGCGAGUUGUGUGUGUGUGACCUGGCUGGUUCUGAGCGCUGUAAAGAUCAGCAGAACGGAGAACGGAUGAAGGAGGCGAACAACAUUAACACUUCCUUGCUCACACUGGGACGCUGCAUCAGUGCAAUGAGACACAACCAGACAUACAGGCAGCGCCCGGCGCAGGUCGUUCCAUUCCGAGACAGCAAACUCACCCGAGUACUGCAGAGUUUCUUCUCAGGACACGGCCGUGCCUGCAUGAUGGUCAACAUUAAUUCCUGCAGUUCCAGUUACGAUGAGACUCUGCACGCCCUCAAGUUCUCUGCCAUCGCCACACAGCUGGUCCAUGGUCCUGCCUCCAAGAGUCGUGUGGCCUACAUCCUCUCUUUGCUGCGUGAUGACGCCGCCCCUGUAGACCACACCCUGAUGGAGGAAGAGGAGGAGGAGGACAGUGAUGAAGAGGAUGAUGUUGGCAUGUUUGAGCCUGAGGCUCUGUUAAAAGCAAUUAAUGUGCUAAAGCGAGAGGUCCUCCGUCAGCGGCAAGAGAAAGACGAGCUGGAGCUGAAAAUCAGAGAGCAGGUGUGUGCAGAGAUGAUGGAGGUCAUCAACCGGAUGCAACUUGACUUCAGCGAGACGAUGGAGAGCGAGAGAGAGCUGAUGGAGAAUCGGUGUGAGAACAAAAUCAACAACCUAAAGAGCAGCUUAAAGAAAUAUUACAGUCAGCAGCUGGAGGAGAGAGACGAUCAGCUCCAAGAGCUCAGUACAGCUCUGAGAGAAAAGGAGGGAGAAAGCACCGCUUCUAUUUUUCCUCCUCUGGUGGAGUGUGAUGGACCACGGCGAUCUCGGCGCAUAGCUUCUUCACACAAACACAGCAGCCAGCAUGAACAUGUGGAGUUGGAGAGCACUAAAGCUGAAUUAGCGCAAAUUAAAGCUGAGCUGGAGCAGUGCAGAGCUGACCUCGAUCUCAAACAAACAGAGCUUACACUCAAAACACUUGAGCUGAAGCGUUUUCAGGAUCAUCCGGGAGCCUCAAGCCUCACUGCAACUGCAGAGCGCAAACUACUCGAGGGACAGAAGACUCUGAGGCAGUUACGUGCUGAUCUGCGAACUCUGGUGCUGAAGCUGCAGUCUGGAGAGCGAGCAUGCUGUCAUUACACCGAUGGAGAAAAACUCCGCCUAGCUCUCAACACCGCCGACUCGACACUCAUCAAACAGGAUCAGAUGCUGAUGGAACUUCAUUCCACUCUGCAGCUCCUUAAAGCUCAGCUACAUCAUAAAGAUGAGACUCGCGCAGAACUUAAACGACCUUUUACCCCUUCUACCCCUGAAACCCCUAGCUCCUGCAGUAGGCGGGGCUGUGGAGUUGCUGUGGCAAUGGUGGAAAAUCAACCCCCAGGGAAGCGAGUAUUCCUGCGGCUCUUCACACCGUCACGUAGCAGCAAAACGAAAGUAACGGCAGACAGCACACCACCAUACGCCCGCAUACUGCGCUCACGCCAACCAUCUCCCCCACCUAGCCCCGCCCUCACACGCAGGGGCAGGUUCUAAUGAUGCUCACCUGAUUGUUCUGACAUUUAUUAAAGAGUUCAGUGUCCGCACCUUACUCCUGUUACUUCUCAACCUUAGUCCCAUUUAAUCUUGCACAACACUGAUUUUUAGGGCUAAUUAACACCCUAACACCCGUCCCUGGGUUGAAGUGGGUGUUGGAAGCAGGGACACUAAAAUGUGCAGGGCAGGGGAUUCUCCAGGACCAGGGUUGGGAACCUGUGCUGUAAAUUAGAAUGUUUAAUUAGCCAAGCUUUAUGGAUUACAGAGCAGCAGCUUCUCUUCUGUUCAUACUUCUAUUUCUAAACUACGCAUUCCUGUCCCAUAUAUAUUAAUUAUAUUAUAAUUGAAAGUAUUAAUCACCAUUAAGCCUUGGUUACGGUAACAAUCUGUUCGUUAAGCUGAAGAGCAGAACAAGGCAGGAUUAACAUAAUUAACUACUCAGUCACAGCUGUGCUAAUAAAGGUAAAUAUUACAAUAUUCUAUAUCUAAAAUCACUAAAUUAAUAAUCAUUCAUCUCUUUCAUGGACAGUAUUGGUUUUUAACAGUAUUGAUCCAAAAAUAAUCCUACAUGUUGGAUUUUUGGAUCUCGGCAGUGAUUGAAACUUAACGAGACACUAAUCAGUCACGUGGCUAUACAGUGACUAAAUAAUAUGGCUUCUAAUAGUAAAGUCUGAACUGAACAUUUAUUCCACGUAUAUACGAUUGAAUCGAUUAUUCUCUCUGGAGUAAAAAUGUUUUAAAUAACGUUUAAAGCUUUAUUGAUGCAGCACGGUUUGUACGGUUUUGUAGUGAUUAGCACAGUUAGCCUAGCUGUGUGUAUGCACACUGUUACACAGGACUUGCUCAAGGCAUUUUAUAUCUUUUUUUUUUUAUAUAUAUAUACACAAGAUUGAAAUGAACAGUGUUUAUUGCUGUUAGUCAUGUGUGUGGUGUGAUUUAUAUAUUGGUUUAUAUAGCAAUUACACGGUCAUAUGAUUAACCUGUAUUCAAAUC